AUGCCUCGGAUUCGUAAAAAAACAUCCAAGCGAGGGACGACACACCAGCGUGAAAAGUUGAAGCAUAAGGUCUCGCAAGGCAGGAAGAAAGCUAAGAAACAGGUUCGGAAAGCACAGGCCGCUGGAACAACCCACAAGAAAUCUAAAAAAGAUCCCGGGAUUCCGAACAAUUUUCCCUACAAGGAUCAAAUACUCGCAGAAGUCGCAGAGUCACGACGUCAAGCUGCAGAGGAGAAGCAGCAGCGUAAGGCUGAAAAGCGCGCUGCUCUCACGGGACUCGACGUCGAAGAUGUCGAAGAUUCUCAAAAAAACGUCAACAUUGAUGAAAACCAAAAUGACGGGCAAGGUUUUGAUGGCAUUAUGUCCAUUCGUCCCGCACCUCCAGCACCAUCUAUCAAGAAACCUGUAGAACCUUCGACUUCAGAACCUGCCAUACCGAUCACGCAAGGACCUGCCUCUCUUCGCGAGGUGCUGCAAAAAGCGGACGUUCUGCUCCAUGUAGUGGAUGCACGGGAUCCUGCGGCAGGCCUUAGUGAGGCCUUGUUUAAAGAAGCGAGAGGCAAAGAUAUCAUACUUCUCGUGAACAAGAUCGAUUGCGUACCACGAGAAUCUCUAGCGUCAUGGCUAUCCUACUUACGACUAACGUAUCCCGCCCUGCCAUUUCGCGUGGCAGAAGCUUUCUUACCAUCCAGACCCAACCUGCCCCCGGCAUCAAAGAAAAUUCCUGUCAAAUUGGACGAUGCACUUGGCUCGGACGCAGUCUGGCAGCAGCUCAGCAAGGCCAAAAAAUCUGGCGAGGAGUUGGUUGUGGCCCUAACGGGAGUUACCAACUCCGGUAAAUCUGCGGUCAUCAAUUCUCUUGCACGCGCAGAUCUGCUACCUAUCUACAAUCUCAAUUCUACGAUAUCUACAAAAGGCCCUCAUACAACAACAACAGCAAGCGAGCUAGUCUUGGAGUUUCCUGACAAAAAAGGGGUCAAUGUGCGAUUGAUUGAUACCCCAGGAUUGGAAUAUGUCCGUGCGGAGGAUGUAGAAGAGCAGGAGAAAGAAAUGGCAAGAGCAAGAGACAUCCUACUCCGAAGUCGAGGGCGGAUUGAUCGACUGAAAGACCCAUUAUUUGCUGUUGAGCACAUUGUGUCUCGAGCAGAUACCCAGGAUUUGAUGUUGGCAUACAGUUUACCUGCCUUUUCGAAGGGCGACCCGACCUCAUUCCUUGCUGGAAUGGCACGUGCGAGCGGGCUUAUAAAAAAGCGUGGUGUCCUGGAUCAUGCGGGUGCGGCGCGCAUUGUACUCAGAGAUUGGAGCAUUGGAAAGUUCGCGAGGUAUACCAUGCCACCGGGGUCACCGACUACGUCCUCUUCAGCAAAUAAUGAAGGAAUUCUGGCAAUGCUGAAGAGCCGGAAAGAGCUACGGAAAGCGGAAGACGUGAAACUUGUACGUUUGCAGCCUGGAGAAGCAGAGAAGAGGGAGGUGUUAUUGGACGAUGUGUGGGUUAUUGAUGAAGAAGUCGGUGAAAAUGAGGUCGAUGAGGAUGCCGGAAAUGAAGAGCCAACCGGAGAUGAGGACGGCGAUGGUGCCGAACAAGGCAGCGAUUCCGAGAAUAGUGAGGAAGAGAAUGUUGAUGAUGAGGAUGAAGAGGAGGUGCCUGAAUUGUUGCCCCCGCCCAAGCGAAAGCGAACAGUGUCCUUUGCUGUUGUUCCAGGUAAAGGGAAACGGCAGCGAAGGUUUGGCAAAAACGUGACACAAUAGAUGAUAUGACGUAUAUCACAUACUCAGUAGUGUGUCGAUCCAGAAGGUUUUGAUUCUAACUUUCCUUACACG